CUGUAUAUUAAAGGAAAAGGCAGACUUCUUACACCCAUAGAAAAUGAAGAGAAAGUUGAGAAACAAUUAGAGAGGCAGACUUUAGAAGUUCUCUUAAGAAGAAAGAGACUAAAUCAGAAAAAUAUGCAGUCUUCAGCUCAAUUUCUCCAGCCUCCAGCUUCUCCCCUUCCUCCAAAACAAAUUCAAGGCACAGUUACAACUAAAACUCUUUCAAUUCCCAACCAAUGCUGCAAAUUUUCGCGCAGAGAACUUGCCAUUGGCACUAGUUCAUCCUUGCUUCUACUCUUAGGCUCCCAAGCAAUUGAGCCAUUGAAUUUGUCAAGGGCAAGGGCAGAUGAACUUCCCGAUAGCCCUGAUAAAAUAGAACCAGAAGAGCCUUCAAGAAAAGUCGAUUAUUGUUCAGAUCAGAAUGUGACAAAGCAAGCAUUUCUUGAAGUAUCAGUUGAUGGUGAACCUAUAGGAAGAAUUGUUGUCGGGCUAUACGGUGAUAGUACCCCUGUUGGCUCAGCAAGGUUUAGUAAACUUGUUAGUGGAGCAGCUGGGGUUAGUUACAGAAGAAAAGAAUUCGCAAGGAUAAUGCCAAAUUAUGUGCAACAUGGUGGGUUGAGAUCAUUUGGUGUGGAUGCUGAACUUGCAAAGAACACUGGAAGAACUAUGGCAAUAGAUAACCUUGUGGACGAAUGGGAGAAACAGAGUGAAGGGUGUCAAGGAACCAAGAAUGUAGCAAGAAGUGUCAGCAUUAUUGUGAGGGACCCCUCAAAACCACCUCCGAAGAUGAAGCUGGUUGCUCGAAAAGGAAAGCUGGAAAUCGACCAAGAAGAACUGGGAAAAGAUGUAAAUGGGACAGAGUUUACUAUUGCAGUUAAAGACUCACCUGAGUUAGAUGCCUCUGCCUUAGUCAUUGGGAGAGUUUUGGAUGGUAUGGAUGUUGUGGAGAGAAUUGGCCAGGUCAAAACUGUGAAAGAGAAUACCAGUUCUCCUUAUUUCAGGGUGGCUAAGUUGAUAGGAGAUAAAAGAGCUGUAGUUGCAGAGAGAGGCUUCAACAGACCUUACUCAAAGGUGAUAAUAACAAAUUGCGGCUUGAUGGAUUGAUCAAGAUGCGGUUGAGAGAUUUUUGUCCUUUAGAUUCUGUUAAGAGGAAGAAUUGCUCAAAGUGAAAGAGUACAACAAUUAUGUACCAAACAAAUUCAUGAUGCAAUUUUCCCUCUCCUCGGAAAGUUUAUAUCAAUGGCAGCAAUUAUAGUGU